AUGUGCUGCCCUGUCUCCCACUGCCGCCGUAUUGGCUCCAAGAAUUCUCCCCAGAACAAGUCCAUUCUGCGGUGGUGUGGCAGCUCUGCUGUACCAGCCUGUGUGUGUGUGGGGUGCCUACUGUCCAUCUUGGGUGAGGAGAUCGCUGGGGUCCAGCGAUGGGAGCCUCAUGGAGCUGCAGGACUGCCUCUGCUAGUGAGGAAAGAAUCUGAACAGCAAAAAGCUCGGGAUAUCAGAACUGCCGCAGCCGCUCCAGUCUCCUCUCAGCAGCCGUACUUAAGCAUGCAAGAAAAUAUCUUUGAAGAUGAUUUUCUUGAUCACACUCGUCUAAAAUUCAUAUUGAUGAAAAAUAAGAUGUUACAGAAGGCUUCCAAAUGUUAUGGGGCCUUUAAAUGCUCACUGGUAAACUUGGUGACCUUGUUUACAAGACAUGAGCCAGAUUUAUUUGGUCAGAUCAUUCUUUGGAAUUUCCCGCUGGUCAUGCUUAUCAGAAGUUGGACUUCCCUUUCCUAUGGCAACACUGUGGUUGUCAAACUGGCAGAACAGACACCACUCUCAGCUAUUAAUGGGGCAUCUUUGAUAAAAGAGGCAGUGUUCUCCCCAGGAGUAGUAAACAAUGUGCCUGGUUAUGGGCUCACUGCAGAAGCCAUCUCUUCCCACCUGGGCAUUGACAAAGUGGUAGUCACAGGAUCAACAUAGUGUUCUGGAAUUCCCAUUGGAAAAUUAAUUAAAGACUCUGCUGUGAAGAGCAAUAUGAAGAAAGCGACCCUGAGGCUGAGUGGAAAGAGCCCCUGCAUUGUGUUUGUGGAUGCUGACUUGGACAACCCAGUUGAAUUUGAACACCAGGAAUUAUUCUUCCUCUAAGGCCAGUGUUGUGUAGCUGCAUCCAGGCUUUUUGUGGAAAAAUCAAUUUAGAAUGAGUUUGCUGGGUGGAGUGUAGAAAGGGCUAAGAUGUACGUUCUUGGAAAUCCUCUGACUCCAGGAGUAAGACAAGGACCUUAUAUAGACAAGAAACAAUAUGAUAAUAUAACUGACCUCAUUGAGAGUAAGAAGAAAGAAGGGGCUAAGCUUGAAUGUGGAGGAGGCCCCUGGAGGAAUAAAGGCUCCUUUAUGCAGCACACAGUUUUCUCUAGUGUAACAGAUGAGGUGGUUUUUGCCAAGAAGGAAAUACCUGAACCAGUCCAGCAAAUAAUGAAGUUUAAAUCUUUGCAUGAAGUGAUCAAGAGAGCAAACAAGACUUUCCAUGGUGUAGCGGUGGGAGUCUUUACCAAGGCCCUUGAUGAAACUGUGAUUGUGUCUGCUGCUCUUCAGAUUGGAACAAUGUGGAUGACUUGCUCUGUCUAGUGCUUCUUUGGGGGAUUCAAGAUGUCUGGAAAUGAAUGAGAUCUGAGAGAAUAUGGUCUUCAGAAAUAUGCUGAAGUCAAGACAACCAUGAUGAACAUUUCCAAGAAGAAUUCAUAA